UAAUAAUAGUCUAAAUUCUCACAUUUUAUCAUAAUAUUGAAUUACUUGCCUUGUUGUUGUUACAUCACUUAUGAAUGCACUUCCACUUACUUUAGAGACCAAAGAAGGAGGAGGGGAAAGUAGCACCAACAAUGCAACAUUAUUUGCUUCACUGAUAUCACAAACAGCCACUGACAUUGAGACACUCAUUGAGUCACUCCCUGAUCAGGAAUACACUCCAGAGAAGCAGGAAGAAACUUUGAAGAACCUUGUUGCUGAGAAUCAAGUUUCUGGAGAAAAAUUAAGACAAGUCAUCAAUGAAGCCGAGUCAAUGUUGAAACAAGUCAGACUUAUCAAUAAGACUAUUAGUGAUCAUCAACAUAAACUUACAAAUUAAUUAUGUUUUAUUUUUAAUCACUAUUAGACAUAUACUUUGAUAUAAUUGUCAAUAAUGCAUAAUGCAUUAAAGUAGUGCUUUUCAGGUAUUAUUAUUGAAUAGAUAGCAAGUUAUUCCAUAUCAAAUUUCAUGUGAACUGUCUACAUUAUGUGAACUCAAUUCCUUGUAUUGCUAGCUGCAGCUAUGAAGUUCAAUCCCAAAUGAAUUGACCUGCAAUAGCCUUUACCGUGGGACUUGUCUCUAAGAGCAUGCUUACAGUUCAAUAAAGCAUUUUAAUUGAGGUAAAAGUUUAUGAAUGAGUAUCCAUUUCACUUCCUUUACUUCCUUGAAUCAUGUACCCUUGAAUCUCAUUAAAGUCAAAGCUACACUAUAAAAAAACUUCUCAAGAUCAACAAUUUGAGUGCACCAAAUCACUUACUCUUUAAGGAUGUCUCCAAUCUUCUUGUUGUCUUUGCUACUCAUUGCUAUUGCUUGCAGUGAUGGUGCUACCACUGCAAAGAAAAGAAGUGCAUCAGAUGUCACUAAAUGGCUGGAAAAGAUCGAUAGCAGAUUGCACAGUGAAGGACUAAUGGCUUAUCAGAAUUAUUCUGUGUGCACAAACCAACUCAACAACAUCCUCCCUUUGUAUUGUAACAUAUCAGAGCUUUCUGGUAGAAUAUCUUCACUGCUUGCAUCAUCUUUGUCAAAUGCACAGCUUGAUCAACUCAAUGCUGCCUACUCUCAACUCUGUGUCCCUGAAUGCCUUAAUCCUAUUGAAGGGUACUACAAUUGUCUAAAACUUCAAUUUGAUCACAAAAACUAUCUUGUCACAUUACUUCGUCAAGGUAUCUGUGGACAAGAGCAAGAGAGUGGAGAAUACUGUGGGGUGAUAUACAUUCGUCAAUAUAGAAAUGGUGACCAAGUAGCUGAUUAUUGCACCAAUACAACUAGUGGAAUAGUUUGCAGAGGUGCUUCAUCCAAGUGUCUUGAUCGCGUCAAUAGAUUUAGUAACGAGAUGGGUUGCUGUACACAGCCAUAUCUUGGAUCUGGUGUUACUUCAUGCAGUGGUGUUAAUGUUAGUGAACCUUGUAUUGGAGUAUCCAGUGCCACUGGCCUAGUAGCUCCUGCCAUUGUGAUGCUCUUUGCAUUUGCUAGUUUCUUUGCUUGAAGUUUUGAACACAUUUUAUUAAGCUGAACUCUAACAUUAUAUAGUUUGAUGAGGUAAUUAUAUAGCAUUGAUUUCUAUUCUUUAUACUGAAGUUUUUUAGU